AGUUAAGAUUGAACAACGACUGACGCUAUUUCCACUUGGCUAAUGAUGUCCAUUCAGUAUUCCAAGAGGAAAGGCUUUGACUUUGUGGAGAGUUGGGGCACCGCUUUGCAGAAAGCCACCACCAUGGUCAGAGAUGAUAAAGUCAAGAAUAAGAUCUUGAGAUUGUUUAAAAUCUGGGAUGAGAGAUCUAUUUAUGAUGAAGCAUUUCUUGUUGAUCUUUCUGGACUGUUGAGUAGCCGCAAGCCAGCUCAGAGCAAUCAGGAUGCACAGGACUUUCAGGUGUGGCCCCGGGCACGAUACGAUGCGGUGAGCGCCGAGCGUCAGAGCGGCACACCCGCUCUGCCAACGCUUUGCGCAAGUCCAGGCCCCAUAUGUUUGUCGUGCAAAUGUGGAAGAGGGGUGUCAAGAUUAGACUUGAGCGGUGAGCGCUACAUGUGA